UUAGUUUCAAAUUCAUUGUUUUCGCAAGCAGUCGAAAUAUUCAAAAUGUGUACAAUAAAAAACAACUCAGUUUUUUUCUUAAUAAUACCUCAAUUAUUCUUGGUGGCCACAGCUGCCUUUGAAGAGACGUGCGAAUCCGACCGAGAAAUGGAAAAAAAGUGCCGGAUUCAUAAUUAUAAAACCGUGAAACCUUUGCUUGAUUAUUUUAGACAGGUUAGAAAUGAGUUAGAAGACAAAGAAAUUAAGGAAAAUAAGUUAAAUGAAUUAAAUUCGGAUCUUAUGGAAAAGUAUCAUGAAAUUGUGAAAAUUCAUGAAAAAUUCAUGAAGGACGCAGUUCUAUUAGAUGAAUAUAAAAACAAAGUAAUUAAAGGAGAAAACGAAUUGCAAUCGUGUCAAAGUAAAGUUGAUAAAUUCGAAUAUGAGAUUAAUUCACAACAAAAUAUUAUUGUGAAAUUAAAAGGAGAAUUAGCUGAUAAAUCCACCAACUUAGAAAAUUGCGAACUUCAAUUAAAAUCUUUCAAUUCAAGCUUAAUUGAAAAAGAUGAAAAUAUAAAGAGAUUUAGUGAGAAUAUUCAAAAUAAUACUGAGCAUCAGAAAACACUUGAAGUGCAAUUGGAGAAGAGUAAAACUAAAUUAAUAAAUCAAGAUAAAGAUAUUCAGUUAUGCCAAUCUGAAAUUGAUACAUUAAAUCGGACAUCAGAAAACAUCAGAGAACAACAUAAAAAAAUUGAAUUGCAAUUAAAAAAAAGCGAAACUAAGAUUAUAGAUAAAGUGAAAGAAAAUCAUUUAUGUCGAGCUGAGGUUGCUACAUUUAAUAAGACUUUACUCAAUAAUCUUAUCCCAUCAAGUUGCUCUCCUUUUGGAGAUUAUCCUGGUGUUCAUGAAAUAAGAGUCUCUGGAGUUGGUUUCUUCGAUGUUUUAUGCGAUAGUCAGUUAGCUGGACCUGGAUGGAUUGUAAUACAACAACGAGUUGGUGGAAAUGAGAGUUUUGAGAGGGAUUGGGUAAGGUAUCGCAAAGGUUUCGGUUCUUAUAGGAGCGAUUUCUUCCUCGGAUUAGAGAAAAUACAUCGUAUCACGAGUUUGCAGCGUCACGAACUUUACAUACAUUUGGUUGCUCUGAAUGGAAGUAUCUACAACGCUCGUUAUGACGACUUCAAAAUAUCUGACGAAGACAGUGGAUAUAAACUGAGUUUGGGUAAAUUCAGUGGAACUAUUAAUGAGGAUGCGAUGAGAACUGCUGAAAACAUGAAAUUCACAACAUUCGAUCGCGACAACGACACAUAUAGUGAUGGAAAUUGCGCAGUUCAAUACAAUAGUGGCUGGUGGUACAGCAAUUGUUAUAAUUGUAAUUUAAAUGCACUCUACGGGUCAAACCUAAAUUGGUACAAACGAAAUCUAUUGAAAGAAACAAUAAUGCUAAUUCGCCCAAAAAAAACGAUGAAGAAGUGAGCAACUGAAGAGCUGAAAAUCCAAUAUUUGGCUCAAUUAUGUAAUCAUUUAUAAAAAAUUAGUUCAUUAAGAAAUUGCGUUCUGAAUAAAAAAAAAAACG